UUCUGAAUUAUUCCUACUGAAGCGGUUUUCCGAAAAUUAUGGUUAGUGAUGGAUGUUCUAAGAAAGCGACUGAAUGAAUUUAGAGAAGAAGAAGACGAUUUGAGAAGUAAAGUUUCAGACAUUGAAAAUCAAAUUAAGUGUGUGGUCGAUGCAACUCACAAGGUUAAUUCAGAACAGUAUGAACUUGCUACUAAAGAAAUGUUACUUAAGCAGAAGUGUCAAAUGCAAAAUGACAGACUAAAGGAUGCUCUUAACAGGCUCUCUGAUCACAGAGAUAGUCACGAUCAUCAUUCUAGGAAAUUGGAAAACUUGAAUAACAAGAAUUAUAGCCAGGACUCAAGAAUAGAUGAAUUGGAGGCAGAGCUGAUGCGAUUGCGGAACGAGUGCCUAGAAGUCCAGACUCGUGUUGACGAGACUGUAAUUCAUCUGAAACAUGUAGAAUUCGCCAAAGAAAAUGCUGAAAAACGAGCCAAUGCAACCGAGUCGAAAGUUCAAGACCUCGAAUCGCAAAGUACAUCCACAUUAGAAGCUUUGAGACGUGCUGAGCUAAAUGAUAUACAGUAUCUAUCAACAGAUGAUUUGGAAAUGAAGGAAAAAAGCUUACGGGAACAGUUGCAGAGGAGCUGGAAAAUGACUACAGAACGUAUGAACGUGUCAAUAAAACCCGUGAUUCCCUGGUAAGCGGUAAUGUAAACGAAUUAGUGGCAGUCAUCCAUGAUGCGCCCAGUGAUCCAGAAAUGUCCAUUUCAGAGACAUGCCCUGUCAUGGGCUCAAAUCCCAUUGUCCCCGAAACACUAUUUACAAACACUGGAUUGUCCAGCUCACAGAAAGACGAUGUCUUAUUAAAUGCUCAUGAAAUUAUUGCAGUACCCGCCCACAAAAAAACGGAAAAUGAAUCAAGCAUCGUAAUGAGGACAGUUGCAUUGAAUGGAGCUCAUCAUUCUACGACAACAGUUUCUAAUGAAUGUACUGAUUGGGGUUCUCUAGUUGUUUUACCAGAUAUGAGUUAUCUCAAAGACUCAUAAGCUUUUGAUCAAAUUUCUUACAAAAACGAAAAUUUUUGGAGUCAUCAAACGAUGAUCAAGAACCUAAUAAAAUUUUGAUAGAUACUGGUUAUUCUGGUGAUCGACUAUCUACUAAUGAGAUUGUCAAGAGAUUCGAUGACAAUGUUCCAGAAAAAUCAAACUUUGAUGACCCCAUAUCUAGUGUCGCUGAUCCUCACCAUCUAGUCAGUUCUAGUGGAGUCUCUACACAAUGCGGGGAAUAUUCUUUAAAUAGAGUCAAAGUAACUGUAACUUGGGAAUAUGAUGGUCCAACAUUAUUUCGUGGCGGGGAGGAUGAAGUCAUAAAAUUUAAAGAUGGAUCUCAGCAUAGAGUCUUCAAAAAAGAAGGGGAGGUGAUAUGAUGGAAAGAAAAGUCAAUUUGCGAUUGAUUUUGUGAAUGACUUUUAUUUCGCAAUCGAUACAUAUGAGAAUUCCGAAAGAAACAUUCUUACACUCGAUCGACAAAUUAAAUCGCGUAAAGCUGAAUUAUUAAAACAACGAACUGAAAAUGAAAAACUAAAAAAAGAAAUGGAAUUAUUUUUCAAAGAGAUGCACGAUAUCUGAUGAUAGUAAUAACAAUAAUCUCUCUCGCUAUUCACAUAUAUUAAGAUUGUUAUUAGUUUAUAUUGUUUUUUCAUGUAGUCCCUAAACACUGACAUCCUAUGUGUUAGCUUUCUUGAAAAAAAAAAGCUGAUUGUCUAUGUCUGAAACACAGCAUUGAUCUAUUUUAAAAUCUGGUUCCUUGACGAUACAAUUGUCUGUCGGUAAGUUUACUUAAUGCUCAGUGUUUCUUUUCAACUUUCACAAAGCAAAAUGUAUUUUCUGGUAAUUUUCCACUUUAUGAAAGAAUACUACUUUACAUAGAACAAUCUUGUUCUCUAUGAGAGUAAUAAUAACAAUAACAACAGCAACCAUAACCUUUUUUACUUCAUUUCCACUCCUUAAGUGAUAUUCUUGUAGUUAUAAGUUAUUUUGUAAAACAUUCUUUCCAUAUUAUUAUGAUUAUCGUUAUUGACUUGUAAAAUUAUUUUUUUUCUUUCAAAUAAACAAACUUAAUACCUUUUGUUGUAAGAUUCAACUGUUUGAGUUCAUUCCUAUCUCUGUAUCUAAUUGGUCAUAUUUGCCAAAUGUAAAAUAAGAAUUUUGCACCAACAGCAAUCUGUAGUCUUAAAUCCUAAAUUGAUAUAUAAUUUAAUUUUACAUUGUUAAAUGACCUAUAUUCGUUAUGUCUUUCAAGAAGGUAAACUGAAUAACGAGAAACCCGG